UUUAUGGAAGUAGGACAGAGAAACGUGAAACUACCUGCACUUUGAGAGGGAGAAAAGAGAGAAUUGCCCCAAAAUACAACAUGUUGAAAUAGCCUUAUUUGACGCUGCAUCAUUAUAUCGUCUCAACGUAAUAUCUAUGGACUGAUCAUUUUACAUGCAAAUAAACGAUUCGUAUGUACGCCAAUCUUAAUUUUAAAGGUUACAGUUAUACUGACUGCACGGAAUGACUCUCCUCAACAACAUCACCUUUCUACUUAGUGAGCAAUGAAGGAAUGAACAGUUUAUGAACGAAGAAGAUUGUGGAAUAAAGUGCACAUUAUAUGAGAUUCUGUAGUUCGGUCAAAGUUGAAAGGAUUAACGGGAUAUAGCAGAAUGCCUAAGGCAAAGCAGCCACGUGAUCGUCAUUUGACUUUUAAUGCUAGCCAUGAACUUGCCGAAGAAGAUCGAUCAUUCCUGAGAGUUGUAUCCUUGGGAAACUUUGCAAAGGUCCGAGAAAUCAUGGAGAAUAGUAGUGAUCCGAAGAAAUUGAUGCAGUUGACAGAUUUUAAAGAUUGCACGGCACUCGAGAUUGCGACUGAAGCAGAGCACUUUGAGAUCGUGGAAUACUUGGUGCAAGAAUUUGGCGAUCUUAUGGAUGAAAUACACCUCCAUGAAUGUCUUAUGCUGGCUAUUAGCAAGGGAUAUCUUCGCAUUACUCAAGUUAUCCUGAACCAUCCUCUUUCUGAUGUCAAAUUGAAAGGUACCUGUGGUCGCCAAGAUAGAUUUCAUUUCUACUUGACGAAAAACAACUCGAAGUUUGAUCGCGAUUUGACGCCACUGAUGCUUGCUGCACAGUGCAACGAAGCGGAAAUCAUCCGGCUCUUACUUGAUCGAGGAGAGUACAUUCAAGAACCACACGCUAUCUUCUGUAGCUGUAAAGAUUGUACAGAAGCUAAAGAAAACGACCCCUUAUUACGGUCGUUAGCUGGUUUGCAUACAUACCAGGCCCUGGGGAGUGAGGCGUAUAUCUGUUUGACGAGUCAUGAUCCUAUACUCACAGCUUUCCUGCUCAGUGAAAAACUCACAGAAUUAGCUUCCAUCGAAAAGGAAUUCAAGAAUGAAUACCGUGAGCUUGUGAAACGAUGCAAACAAUUCGCUUCAGAUCUGCUCGAUAUGUGUCAGACGACUGCAGAGGUUCAGACUAUACUCAAACAGGAAGCAACUACACAGGGAGAAGUCUUUGCUGCAGAAGGCGCCAAUACUCUUCGGAAGAGAAGGGGGGCAAAACCAAUAUUGCCUGAAAACGACUCGGACUUUUCCCUCCCGAGGUUGGAGCUAGCUAUCAAAUUUCGUCAAAAACAAUUCGUAGCACACCCUCACUGUCAGCAUCACCUAUCGACAUUGUGGUAUAAAGGCUUUCCUUCCAAGACCCGUCAAUGGCAUCCUCUUAUCAAAUGUUUGGCUACAGUAUGCAUGAUUGCUGCUAUACCAUUCCUAACGCUGGCUUACUGGAUCUGCCCUAACAAAGUCGGAGACUUUAUGCGAAGUCCAAGGACCAAGUUCAUGUUACAUGCAGCGAUGUACGUGACAUUCUUACUCAUCCUCUUCUUGGAGUCAGUGGUCUCUAAAGGAUUCCGGAAUGAUGAUCAUCAGGAUGAAUUCAUUAAAUCACAUAUGAAUUGCACUUACCUGUCACAAGCUGUUCGCAACCAGACAUUUCAUGAAGAUACCGCACCUAGACUCCGACCUGACUGUUUUUCACCCCUUCAGAUUUUGAUCGUUGUCUUUGUAAUGGGUAUGUUGUGGGCAGAGAUCAAGCAGAUCUUCCGGGAAGGAUACAAGAUUUAUCUUCAGUCACUAUGGAACUGGAUCGACAUCGCAAUGCUCAACAUUCUCAUCUCCUCAAUCUCCAUUCGAGCUAUUGUGGUCUACAAGGUUACCAACUCGAUGGCAUAUUUCGAUGAAAAUGUCGAUGCAUGUGAAGAUGAAAAUGGUCAGGCAACAAAACAUCUCCGCUGGCUCUUAGCAGACCGAACGCUUUGGGACCAGUACGACCCAACACUAAUCGCCGAAGCACUGUACGCUAUUGCAAACGUGUUGAGUUUCUCUCGUCUCCUGUACAUCCUACCCGUCAAUGAAUUCCUUGGCCCUCUCAAUAUCUCACUUCAGAAGAUGGUUGGUCAGAUUCUUCGGUUCUUCUCUGUCUUCAUCGUCGUCUUCUUGGCCUUUUUCUGCGCUCUCACCAAUCUCUACCGAAACUACCCACAAGAAUCAAACUUUAGAGGGUAUGUGAACGCCAUCCAGACAUUAAUCUGGGCUCUCUUCGGUCUCAGUGAUGCUGCAGACGUUUCUUAUCCUAGUGAUGCCCCAUGUGAUCAGGAGUCAUGUGGUCAGAAGACCACUGAGUUAGUCGGUGUUUGUUUAUACAUGGCCUAUCAUUUAGUCAUGGCAUUAGUCAUGCUCAAUAUGCUUAUUGCCAUGAUGUCAACCUCUUUUCAAGAGAUCCACGAUGAUGAAGAUGUUGAAUGGAAGUUUGCACGCUCUCAGCUUUGGAUGUCAUAUUUUGAACGGGGUGCUACUCUGCCUCUUCCUAUGAAUAUUAUUCCUAGUCCCAAGUCUAUCUACUACUUCUUCAAGUGGUUAAAGAAAACCCUCUGCCCUAACUGCGGCAAAAAGAAUAUUACUAUGACACAGGAUUUACAGCAAUUGCCAAGGCGACCCGGAAUCCGCAAACAAGUGAGCACUCAUGAAAGCCUUAUGAAGACAGUUAUCAAGAGGUACCUCUUCAAACUCCAGAACGAUAAAGAGGGUGAAGAAGGAGCAGAAGGUGAACUAGAAGAAAUCAAAAAUGACAUCUCUAGCUUUCGCUUUGAGGUGAUGGAAAGGAUGAAACACCUGGACCCGCACGGUGGUGGUGGUGGUGGCAGUCCGAAUGUGACUUUCUCUCCAACAUCAGCUCCAGUGUUUCAGGAAAGAAAUCGAACAGAUUCAACGGCUAGCAACAAGCAAGAUAUCAUGUUUCGUAAAAUGUACAUGCUAGAAAACCGUGUUGAAAAAAUGAUGGACUCUCUGGCAAACUUUUUUGCGCAAACCAACGAGGCUUUGAGAUCGGAUGUGAUGGCAGACGAGACCGUUUAUAAGUCACUCCGAAGACAGUCGGAUGAGGGAACAAAGGUUGAUUCAUGUAAGACACAUUAAAUAAUGGCCAACUGUGUAUACAAUCCCAGGCUUAUUAGAUAUAUGUGUAUCUAUAAUUUUCCAAACAAAUUGAUGGCAGAAUGUCGGCCAUUUUCGCAAAUUUGAUGAUGUGACUGUUAUUGGACCAACAUGGGAAACUAAGCAUUGAGCAAAAGCAACAAUUAUCAUUAUCUUCCCCUUUAAAUCCCACAACAAAACAUGAAAAUAUAUUGUAACCAUUAUUUUAGGAAGUAAAAAAACAUGGGCUCACGAGCAGAAAUUGCCUAGAGCUAUCAUCCCUUCUCGAAUCAACUUCAGAAACGAUUUUUAAAAACUAAGAAAUGGUAUCCUCUGCAGUACCCAAGGGCCCCAGCUCCAUUGGCCAAAGAGCCUAACUGGAUAUUGCCUGUGCAAGGGAGAGAGAGAGAGGGAAAGGGAGAGAUCAAUGUCUUUGCAUUAUUUAUCAUUAUGUAGCGUUUAAAGUUUAUUUAAAUUAAUGAAAAUUGACUACCUCGCUGGCCGAAUAUUUGGUGACGUUCGGGGGGGGGGGGG